AUGUGGCUCCAUCGCAGUGGUCCACCCCCUGCUACGCUGUCAACGCCGGCCCCCUCGACGGGAGCCCAGAUGCCUCCUUCCUCUGUGGCCUCCCCGCUCAGCGAGUGCGGCAGUUGCCUGCUGAUCAUGACCGGCAUCGCCUUCGUUGCCGGCCUUUUCAUCGUGAUCUCGGCCAUCCUCUGCGACCGGGUCUUCCGUGGGUCCCUGCCCUCAGAGAGAAGGGGGCUGCCGUCUGUCUGGAGGCAAGGCGGGACGCUGUGGAUCGAGCCUUCCAGGAGCCGUAGGGAGCCAGAUCUCCUAUCUAGGCCGUCAGAAACGGUGCCCCUUUGGAUCCAGCGCUCAAACGACUGGUUUCUGGAGCAAGGGAGCUGCGAUUCCCCCGAAGAUACCCAGAUGGAGACACAGAGCCCAAGCAGCUCUGCCCCUUUCUGGGAUGACGGCGAACCCACCUGGAGGAUACAGCCACGCGUCACCCUGCAGGACCUAGAGAGCUUUUUCCAGCACAGCGGUCGGGGUACCUAG